UUGUUCGUUAUUCUUAUCCUGUCCCCUCAUGUCUUUUCUUUAAAAUUUACUGAAUAUCACUCUAACAUAGAUUGUCAAAACUUUGAAAACAACGAUGUUGAACAUACUGAAGUGCCAUCUCUCUAAUCAUAGUUUGCGUCAAUUGAAAAAAUUAUCGGUUUAUUCUUCGUUAAAAUUAUAUUUGUCUACUUCGACAGUCGCUAUGAUCAAUAAGGAACAAGAAAGCAAAAAUUAUAGAAUUGAGAGAGAUACAUUUGGAGAAUUAAAAGUUCCUGCAAACAAAUAUUAUGGUGCACAAACUCUUAGAGCAAUGAUGAACUUUCCAAUUGGUGAUACGUUUGAACGUAUGCCUUGCAGGCUGAUAAUAGCUAUGGGUAUAUUAAAAAAAGCUGCUGCAGAAGUAAAUAAAGAAUAUAACUUAGAUCCUAAAAUUGCCGAUGCUAUUAGUAAGGCAGCAGAUGAAGUAAUAAGCGGAAAGUUAUAUAAUGAUCACUUUCCCUUAAUUAUUUGGCAAACUGGAUCUGGCACACAAACUAACAUGAAUGUCAAUGAGGUUAUUGCCAAUCGUGCAAUUGAGAUACUUGGUGGUGAACUUGGCUCCAAAAAACCUGUACAUCCAAAUGAUCAUGUUAAUAUGUCGCAGAGUAGCAAUGAUACAUUUCCAACAGCUAUGCAUAUAGCUGUUGCCUUAGAAAUUCAUAAAACAUUAAUUCCAGGCUUAGAAGAAAUACAUAAAGCAUUGAAAAAUAAAGCAGACGAAUGGAAAGAUAUUAUAAAAAUUGGUAGAACACAUACCCAGGAUGCAGUACCAUUGACAUUGGGUCAAGAAUUUUCAGGAUAUGCUACGCAAAUUGAAUAUGGUAUUAAAAGAGUAAAAGAUACACUCCCAAGAUUAUAUCAAUUAGCUCUUGGCGGUACAGCGGUUGGAACUGGAUUAAAUACGCGAAAAGGCUUUUCAGAAAAGGCAGUUGCAAAAAUUGCACAAUUCACUGGUUUACCCUUUGUCUGUGCUCCAAAUAAAUUUGAAGCUCUAGCUGCGCAUGAUGCAAUUGUCGAAGUACAUGGCGCUUUUAAUACAGUAGCUGUUUCUCUAAUGAAAAUCGCAAAUGACAUUAGAUUCCUUGGAAGUGGACCUAGAUGCGGUUUAGGAGAAUUAUCUCUCCCAGAAAAUGAACCUGGAAGUUCUAUUAUGCCUGGAAAAGUAAAUCCUACACAAACUGAAUCAAUGACCAUGGUGUGUAGUCAAGUAAUGGGUAAUCAUGUGGCAAUAAGUAUCAGUGGUAGUAAUGGGCACUUUGAACUUAAUGUUUUUAAACCGAUUAUGGUUGCGAACACUUUGAGAUCUGCAAGAUUGUUAGGCGAUGCCUGCUCUUCGUUCGCAAAAAAUUGUGUUGUUGGCAUUGUUCCCAAUAUUGAUAAUUUACAAAGAAACGUGAAUGAAAGUUUGAUGCUUGUCACAGCAUUGAAUCCACAUAUUGGUUAUGAUAAGGCUGCUACAAUUGCAAAAUACGCACACAAAGAAAAGCUUACACUAAAAGAAUCGGCGUUAAAACAUGGAAUAACGGCGGAACAAUUCGAUCAGUGGGUUAGACCCGAACAAAUGCUUGGACCGAAAUAAUUUCUAUGUUAAAAGGAUAUUUAAAAGAAAUAUACAUGAAUAUAUAUAUAUAUAU